AUGUCAAUCGCCGUAUCGAUUACAGAUAUACCUUUAACCCCCAAUACUUUAAACAGUACACCAGCUCCUUCAUCAACUCCAUCAACUCCAGUUAUAAAUAAUACGGGGUCACAAAAUCAAACUAUUGAUAAUAAACCUUUAAAGAAUGUGGGUGUGAAAGAAAAGUUUCCACUUCAAGAAAUAACUUUUAAUAAUCCUGAAGAAAAAACUUAUGUGACAAGAAAGCCACGGAAAAAAUAUCGGGUGAAGAAACAAAGCACCCAGAAUAAUGAUCAAAGCAAUGUGAACAAAAAAAUUUCUGAUAUAGAUUCUACUACAGGGCCGCCGCCGUUAAUAAAAAAUCAUGAUGUUCCCAAAAUUAUUAAUGGAUCAGAUAUAAAUGAAUCACAAACGUCGAAAAGAAUUUCGGUAAAACGUAAAUCAAAACAACUUGAAGAUGAUUAUAAUGAGAAAGAGUCAAAUGAAGUAAAAAAAUCAAUAAGGAAAGGUAAAAAAGAUAAAAAUUUACCAAAGAAACCUAUGAAUGCUUAUCUUCAAUUUGCAUUACUUAAAAGGCCAGAGUUUGCAGAAAAAAAUCCAGAAAUUAGUUUGUCCCAAGUGAAUAUAUUACUUGGUAAAACUUGGAAUACAAUGUCAAAAGAAGAAAAAAAGCCAUAUUUCCAAUUGGCGAAGGAGGCAAAAAUAAAGUACAAAGAGGAAAUGGAAGCAUAUGAUUCGGUCAAACAAAAAGAGAAAGUGAAUAACGAAGAACAGGAUGCACCUUAUGAUAACGAUCCAUUAUUUCAUUAUCCCAAACAAAAAGAGAAAGUGAAUAGCGAAGAGCAGGAUGCACCUUAUGAUAUCGAUCCAUUAUUUCACUAUUCCAAACAAAAAGAGAAAGUGAAUAGCGAAGAACAGGAUGUACCUUAUGAUAUCGAUUCAUUAUUUUACUAUCCUAGACAAAAAGAAAAAGUGAAUAGUGGAGAGCAGAAUGCACCUUAUGAUAUCGAUCCAUUCUUUCACUACCCCGAUUUCAAAUCAAUGCUUAAUUCACCGAUAUCUUUCGGUCCAUUUGAAUCCUUCUCACAAGAAACUCUCGAUAAUGAUUUUUAUGAUCAGAUAGUUGAUACAAACCAACAUGUGCCAAAUUCGACCGUUUGGGUGAAAUGCGAACCAACGAGUUCAACGCUGCUUGACGUUAACACACACACACAAUCAUGCUUUUCUAAUAAUUCAGUUCAUACUUACGUAGAUAAAUCACAACAAAUACCAAAUAACGGACAAUAUCAUUCAACACCGAUAUUUCGACAACCUCAUAGACAAGUAUCAACUGCACAGUUACAGCCUCAGUUACAAUAUGUACCACCUAUUAAGUCGGAAUUUGAUUUCGUCCAAACUGAACAAGAUAACUACAAUUUAAAGGUUCCGAGUUUGACAAUGCCACAACAGAUCCCGGGACAACAUAUGCAACAACGGAUUCCUCAAUUUAACGUGACUCAUCAAGUAUUUCAGCAGACGCCUCAAAUGUCAAAUUCGCGUCUGUCUAAUAGCAUGUCGCAAAAUAUGAAAAUACAACCGAUAUUCCGAAAUAACAAUUGUCAACAACUAUCACAGAAAAUUACCACUCAACAGUCACAACAACAAAUUAUGAGCCAACAACCACAACAACAAAUUAUGAGUCAACAACCACAACAAAUUAUGAGUCAACAACCACAACUACAAAUUAUGAGUCAACAACCACAACAACAAAUUAUAAGUCAACAACCACAACAACAAAUUAUAAGUCAACAACCACAACAACAAAUUAUAAGUCAACAACCACAAAAAAUUAACGCUCAACAAUCACAACAAAUUACCACUCAACAACCUAACUUUACUCAAGGGCAAGAAAUUAGUACACAAGAAAUGCCGCAGCAACAAGUGUAUUUGCAAACGCAAAACGCGUCAAAUCAACAAACAUCACAAAUACCGCAACAACCAAUACGAUAUUCAGUUCAACAGCAAGGAUCAACCAAUCAAAAUAUUAUGAUUGCACCACCACCACAAACCCCGAAUACAUUACAUACCAAGAUUCCACAACAGAUGAAUAAUGGAGUAAUGCAGCAGCAGUCUUUUAAUCAACAGCAACAAAUGCAAAGGCAGUUGUGUUCUAAUACACAACAAAUAUCAUAUCAAACAACAUGGCAACCUAUGUCAGUAUAUUCACAGGAUAUUUCUCAAAAUAUGAUACAACGACAUUGGCAAACUACACCGAAUCAAAUGAAUAAUCAAAUUUCAUCAUAUGGACCAACUCAGCAAAUUACUUGGCAACAACAACCAAAUGUUGUAAUGUAUUAUUCAUGGAAUAAUCAGCAACAGCAGCAACAAAUGUCAGUUAAUACCAACCCUUUGCCAAAAAAACAUUUAAACACUCAAAAAAAUUCGGAUAAUCCACUUAUUACUUCAAAUUUACUAAAUCCGGGUACUACGUCAAAUCUAAUAAAUCCGGAUACUACGUCAAAUCUAAUAAAUUCACCUACUUCAAAUAUCCUUGGUCAAUCAUCUAAUUCUAAUAGUAAAUUGAACAAUCCCGUUCCUUCAAGUUCAAAUGGUGUUAGUAAACUUAAUGAUUCGGAAGUACCUGAUCUCCUUCGAUACGUUACUUAUUCAGCAGCUACUUAUUGUGAUAAAUCUUCUGAUUGGACUUGCGGAAAAUAUUGCGAUAACAUUCCUCAAACAACUGUUGCAAAGCCCAUUAUAACUAAACCUGCUCAAUGGGUAGAAAUAUUAGGACAGGAUGCUAAAGCAUAUUGUUUGAUUACCACUAACUCUAAAUUUAAAGAGAUAGUCGUCACCUUCAGAGGAACUGCUGAUUUAGGUAAUACUUUCAAAGAUUACGAAGUAAAUCAAUGGCCAUAUGGGUUUGAUUCUACAUCUCUCCCCGUUAAAUCAUUAUUACAAACAAUCCUUGUCCACUAUGGAUUUUACUCUACUUUUCUUACCUUUCAAAUACCAAUUCGAAAUGAAAUUUCAAAAUUAACUAAACAAUAUCCUGACUAUAAAGUUGUUGUUACUGGUCAUAGUUUAGGUGGAGCUUUAGCUGUAUUUGCUGCUCUUGAUAUUAAACAAUAUUUUGAAGAAUGCAAUCCUUACUUAUACACCUAUGGAGAACCUCGGGUUGGAAAUUCUGAUUUUGCAUCAUUUGUGAAUAAAGAAUUGCCAUUCGUUCGAAGAGUUAUAUGCCAAGAUGAUAUAGUACCUCAUUUAAUACCAAGAGUUGAUUAUGAACAUCAUAAAGGUGAAGUCUGGAUUUAUAAUUCUACUACUGAUCAAGCAGUUAAAUGUUCAGGAGAUGAGAAUCAAUACUGUUCUGAUUCAGUUGAUAGUAACGAUCGGACUUCUGAUGAUCACGAUGGUCCAUAUUGGGGUCUUCUUAUAAGUGAUAAUUCGUGUUCAUAG